CGCGCGCCUGAGUGACAGAGUUCAGGUGCAUGUAGCUGAGUGGGACUGAAACCCACGAGAAUGUUGUAAACAUCUUGGUCACACCCUGACUUUGCCUCGAGGCAUCUGCUAUAAAAUAAAGACACGGCUUGUGGGCGCUGGUCUGUCUCUCCAUCAGAGGAGCAGCGUCCCACCGAGACCCAGCUCAUUCUCUUGUCUGUCUUUUCUAAGCUUUUCAUCGCCCCCACUCAAGGUCACUGAACCGGGCUGAGCUGGCAUGAGUAUGCCAUGGCCGUGCCGGCUCCCCACAGCAAAGCUUUUGGCCAAGGCUUGUGCCAGGAUGGCAGAUCAAAAGGCAGGAUCUUGAGGGAAAAAAGUGAGGAGGCCAGAGCAGAAAGAUGGCUCCCGGAGGCAGGAUUCGGGCGUGUUUUCCAGGUCAGAGACACCUUCCUCUCCACAGGCCUUGGGGUACUUGCAGCCUCCGAGACCUACCCCCUGCCCAUGAGCAGCUCCAGCUGGGAGCCCCGGCUGGUUUCUCCGUUCCCAUCAGGCCUUUCUACUGGCUCCACAGGGGCCCAAGCCAUGGGUGAGCCCACCAGGCAGGGCCCCAAGAACCCGCACGUGUCCAGCGUGACGGUCCAGCUGGAGAUGAAGGCUCUGUGGGAGGAGUUCAACCAGCUGGGCACAGAGAUGAUCGUCACCAAGGCAGGCAGGAGGAUGUUCCCCACCUUCCAGGUGAAGAUCCUGGGCAUGGACUCGCUGGCUGACUACGCCCUGCUCAUGGACUUCGUGCCCCUGGAUGACAAGAGAUACAGGUACGCCUUCCACAGCUCGGCCUGGCUGGUGGCCGGCAAGGCGGACCCGGCCACGCCCGGCCGUGUGCACUUCCACCCCGACUCACCGGCCAAGGGCGCGCAGUGGAUGCGCCAGAUCGUGUCCUUUGACAAGCUCAAGCUGACCAACAACCUGCUGGACGACAACGGCCACAUCAUUCUCAACUCCAUGCACCGCUACCAGCCCCGCUUCCACGUGGUCUUCGUGGACCCACGCAAGGACAGCGAGCGCUACGCCCAGGAGAACUUCAAGUCCUUCGUGUUCACGGAGACCCAGUUCACGGCCGUGACGGCGUAUCAGAACCACCGGAUCACGCAGCUGAAAAUCGCCAGCAACCCUUUCGCCAAGGGCUUUAGAGAGAGUGACCCGGACUCCUGGACUGCAUCUGCACAGCCCCUGCCCAGCGUCCCGGCCCGGAGUCGCAGCAGCCUUGGGCCCUGCCUGCUGAGGGGCUGCACAGAGCAGGAGAAAGAUCCCAACAAAGCUCCAGCUUCCACCUCCAGGAGCCCUGCUCGGCUCCACCACCAGCUGCUGGCCACCCCCGAGGCUCUGCUGGCCCCCGCCACCUACCGGGCCCUCGCCUAUCAGGACCUGUACCCUGGAGCCUCAAGCUCUCUUGGAAUCCCAAGGGCCCGGCCGACACCAUAUCCCCUCCCCAACAUCCAGGCUGACAGGGAUCAGGGGGGCCUGCCCCUCCCGGCUGGGAUGGGGCUCCUGGCCCCCACUGCCACCUGCCUGAGGUCUCAGCAGGACCCUCAGUGAUGAUGGGUACCCUGUGGACACAGUCCUCUUACCCUGGACCCCACGCCCUCCAGCCUCACCUCUGCAGAGACGCCCCGCCCUCCCCAGGGAGAGCAGUGAACACAGAAGCCCAGAGAGGGAGGCUGCCUGCCCAGAAUCUCAGCAAGGCUGGGAUGGUGCCAGGCUAGGAACCAGGCCUCCUACUUCCCGACCUGUACCCUUCUGCCUUGGGGGUGACUCCUCCAGACCCUGCUCCCCCUCUUCCUUACCCCAAACAUUAAACCAUUUGGCAUGGG